AUGGCCGGGGGCGCCGCGGUUGCCCGCGUGGUGCCGUCCACCCUCACCACCAACCCGCGGGAGUUCAACAUCUUCACGAGGCCGGUGCUGGUCACCAACUUGGCAACCACCGGAAACGGCACCGCCACGGUCAUGGCUGAGUACGUGGACGACAGCGGGGCCAACGUGCCGAGCAGCCUGUCGUUUCCGUCCGUCGCGGCCAUGGCGUACGCCAGCGAUGACGGCUACGAAGAGCUCCACCUCUUCUUCUCGGUCGCCUGGUUCGACACCGGCUCAUGGGCGUGGGCGCACUUCUUCAUCGAGUGGGGCACCAAGGGCGUCUUUCAGGGAGAGCGGCGCUUCUACCUCGCCGGCAUGGUGGACGAUCUCUUCCUCGCGACCGGGGUGUUCGAGUAUGACGGCGACACCAACGAGGGGGCGGAGGUACGGUUGACGAGCAGCGACAUGAGCGCCUUCGCUUCGUUCGAGAGCAGCCUCAACUCGCAGUACGGCUCCAGCAUCGUUACGGAGUGGCCCUUCAACGGACUGGGCAUCCUGGAGGUGGUGGACUCCGCAUUUGUCCUCGACAUCGCGAACGCUGACAUCGCGCUGCUCCCGAAGGGUCAGCAGGUCAGCGGCGACGCUCCCCGUCGGCUGGCUGGCUACCGCCGUCCCCGGCAUGACGGCCGAGUUCGCCGCCGGCUCCUGGGGCGCGGACGGUCUGCUAGGAUGGGUGCUGGCCAACCUGGACACGUUCUGGUGGCAGAGCCACACCCUCUCGCACCUCUCGAGGGACGACCUGGGGGAGUCGGACUGCACCAUCGAGGACGGCGCGACAACUACAACUGGCGGAGCCUGACUUCUCCGGGCAUCACGGGGCACUUCAACAAGUUCUGCCUGACAUCCGCGACAAGCAACCUCAUGAAGGAUUCAUGCAUGCGUGUUUACAAGCCGCGGGGUCUGCGGACGUUGUGCCAGACGUUGACUUGCGCACCCGGGGACAACACGUACGACGGAGUCCAGACAGACGUCAGCCUCAUCUCAUCGGUCAGCCAGUUCCACUCCAUCUACACCACGGAGUCGAACAACGGGUUCUCCGGUUUCCAAAACGUGCCCCGAUACCCGACGUUCGUGUACUUCAACUGCGCCACCGGAAACUGCCUCGUCAACGAGAACGAGUUCAUCCGUCGCAGCACGUGCGGGUGCUCCAACCUCAACCCGGCCGAGGACCAGGGGUCCUGCUCUCUGUGCGAUGACAUCCAGUCCUUCGGCAACGUCGAGGCCCUGUACGAAACCGAGGCCAAGACCACCACGCGCCAGAUCCUCAUGGGUCGCAGGGACAAGUAUAUGUUCCACCAGGCUAACGUCGUCCAGAACUCGGCGGUGCCCGGGGGGUCUCUGCUAGCGUACUGGUACCAAGAGGUCAUGGAGCUCUUCUCUCAGUUCAUCUCGUUCCCCGUCACGCUCGCUUGCCCCGAUCGGCGAGGUCGUCGCUACCACCGAGCCAGUUAG